AGCUUCCUGAUUUCUGAAGUCUGAGUGAUUUCCUCUGUGUGCCGAGAGGAAAGAGCCUUCUGCACUCACAGCUGAAGGGAAAGCAGCAGGUUGGGGCUUCUUGUGGUCAACUUCAGAGCCUGUCACCAGGAAAGGUAAGCAUGGGAGGAAGGAAGAUGGCGAGAGAUGAAGAAAAUAUCUAUGGUUUAGAAGAGAACACUUGGUCCCGGCAGGAGUCCACGCUGAGGCUCAUCCUUGUUGGGAGAACAGGGGCCGGAAAGAGCGCCACUGGGAACAGCAUCCUGGGCCAGAAACGGUUCCUCUCCAGGCUGGGGGCCACGUCUGUGACCAGGGCCUGCACCACGGCCAGCCGCUGGUGGAACAAGUGCCACGUGGAAGUCGUGGACACUCCGGACAUUUUCAGCUCCGAAGUGUCUAAGACAGACACCGGCUGUGACGAGAGAGGUCGCUGCUACCUGCUCUCGGCCCCGGGACCCCACGCGCUGCUGCUGGUGACCCAGCUGGGCCGGUUCACGGCCCAGGACCAGCAAGCGGUGAGGAAGGUGAGGGACAUGUUCGGGGAGGACGUACUGAAAUGGACGGUCAUCGUCUUCACCAGGAAGGAGGACCUGGCGGGGGGCUCCCUGCAAGAUUACGUGCGCAGCACAGAGAACCGGGCCUUGCGCGAGCUGGUGGCCGAGUGCGGGGGCCGGGUCUGUGCCUUUGACAACCGGGCCACCGGCCGGGAGCAGGAAGCCCAGGCGGAGCAGCUGCUGGGGCUGGUGGAGGGCCUGGUGCGGGAGCACAAGGGCGCCCACUACUCCAACGAGGUGUACGAGAUGGCGCAUCUCCUGCGCUGGGCAGGCCAGGAGGAGCGGCUCAGGAGGGUGUCGGAGGGCGUGGCCGCCCUCAUGCGGAGGAGGCCUUGGGGCGCCUGGCUGCGGGCCGGGCUGUGGGCGUGGCCGAAGCCGCCCUGGAGCUGGAGGCUGGGCCUGGCCCUGCUGCUGGGCGGCGCGCUCCUCUUCUGCGUGCUGCUCCACAGGCGCUGGUUGGCGGUCUUUGCGGAGGUCGGACCUGACUGACACUGCAGGUCCUAAAACUGAAGGCAACUUGGUCAAAAGAGGCUGAAUUAUUGGAGCUGAAGGGACAACUUGAUUCCAACGGAAGGAAUCCUGUAGUUUCAGGCACAGUUUUAAUGACACAGAAAACUUUGAAUGCUGCAUCAUCUUUGCAACUUUGCCAAGAGUCAGAGUCCACUUUUUUAAGUUUUUAACUCAUUUUAAAUGAUGUGCAUGCCGUUUUAAAUUUCUCUAACAAUAACUUCCUUUGGUAGUUUUGGUAGUCUAAUGUCAAGUAGCUUCUGGUGGGGACAAAUGCGUGGCACAGGGGAAAGAAGUGCCUUUAUUUUUGAACUUUUUAAAAAAUUUAGACUGCCCCGCCUUGAUAAUUUUCUAGUUCAUAUACAUGAGUAGAUAUGUUCUUUUGUGAUUCUUGUAGACUGUUAGCAUCAAUAAAAGAAAUGUGGGCAUUACACAUGCUAAUGUUACUUCUGAGACAUCAGUUUAUUAGUACAAUGAUUUACUGCCAAAAAGAUGAAUGUAACUGUACUGUUACAAAGCAGAAGAUAACAGUUUCCACUUUUCUAGAACAUAUUAUGGUUCGUGGCAUUCCAAAAUGAAGUAGGGGCCAGGUGAGGUGGCUCACGCCUGUAAUCCCAACACUUUGGGAGGCCUAGGCGGGUGGAUCACCUGAGGUCAGGAGUUCGAGACCAGCGUGACCAACAUGGCGAAACCUCAUCUCUACUAAAAAUACAAAAAUUAGCCAGACGUGGUAGCACUCGCCUGUAAUCCCAGCCACUCAGGAGGCUGAGGCGGGAGAAUCGCUUGAUGCAGUGAGCCGAGAUCGUGCCACUGCACUCCAGCUUGGAUGACAGAGCAAGAAUCUGUUGAAAGAAGGGAAGGGAAGGGGAGGGGAGGGGAGGGAAAAGAAAGAACAAAAGUAGGAUACUGGGAAAAUAACGUGUAAUAUCUCCUAUAUGGUUAUUCAUAUUUUUGUCUCUCUCUCUCUCUCUCUCUCUCACACACACACACACACACACAGAGUCUGUAUCUCCAGCUCCACUCUGGUUAUGGAGAAGAGGCAGAGCGCCAGGUGCAUAGGCUGAGACUGCAGACACCUGACCAUCCUAUUACUGUGAGGCAAAAGCAUCCGGUAUUUUUCGGGUUGGGCCUGUCCAGGAAGGUUCUUGAAUGCCCGGUGAUUAGAAAAUGUGACGCUGACUGGUUGUGCGAAUCAAACAAUAGGAUUUCCUUCUUUCUACUUCUGAGCAUAAUGAGAACCCUUUAAGGGAACUCAUUGUCUUUAAAUCAGCCAACCUCUAGUGAGGUCAUGGAGACACAGGAAGCAGGUAUUCACAUUAGCCCCAAUCAAGGGGAAGAGGAAGAGGAAGGGAGUGUGCGCAGGCGCCCUAGGGUCUUCCCCAGCACACAUUGGGAAGGAGGGGUCUGCAAGCAUGCGCACAAAUGCCAGGUCAAGCUAAGGACUGCAGGAGGUUCCACGUGGGCUGCGGGCUUCGGGCAGGCUAUGGUCAGGGGUCCUGAGGGCCUUGGUGACGUUGCAGGGAGUUGGACUUUCUGCAGCGUGGCUCAAGUAAAACCCAUGUUUAAUUCCUGCCUUUCGCUUCCUCAGCAGCCAUACUGGACCCUUGCAGGGGCCUCGAGCCAGGGAGGGAUUCCUUUGAAGACCAGAGGGAGCAGCAGGGAGGGUACAGCGUGGUCGUCCAUGGCCACUUGCGCACGAACCAGUGCUGCUGGUGGUGGUAGAGAACAACUUUUAUCAAAGUGGUAGAGAACAACAGCAGCAACAAAGGUAUUGCUCUUUGUGGAGCAGGGCUGCCCCAUAGACAGUGUGCCCAGAGUAGCAGCUCAGAAGCAGUUCUGCAAUCAUAUUUAUACCCAGUUUCAAUGAUAUGCAAAUUAAGGGGUGGAUUAUGCCAAAAUUUCUAGAAAAAAGGCAAUAACUUCCAGGUCAUGGGAUUGUUGCCAUGGAAAGGAGCCAUAACUUCCAGGUGUUGCCUUAGCAAUGGUAACCUGACAUGGCACUAGUGAGUGUGUUUUAUGGAGAGACUCCAUAAAACCUCUUCCCUUUCAGCUCGUCUUCAGUGUGGUCUGGAGCCCAAUCCCCACCUCCGGAGUCGAAUCCUGCCUCCUCUUAGUAAUAAAAAGUAGUAGUAAAUGGUUAAUUGUCAAAUACGUUUGCAAAGUGUAAUCAAAGAUACAUUACCAAUCUGAAUCUCAAAGUGUGCUAUCAUCUUUGAAUCUGAAUAAUAUAUUAUUAAAGAAGUUACAGUUUUCCUUUACAUUCAAUAACAUUUCUUUAGUGGUUUUCUUUUUCAGAUACUUUGAUUAUAAUCUUUUUUUUUUUUUUUCAUCUUUGUAUCCCCAUUAUACAACCCAGUGCCUGGCAUAUAAAGUGGGAUCAACAAAUGUUUGGAAAAUAAAUUGUAAAGUUGACUUUCCUGUACCUUUUUAAUAUUAGGUUUCCAACUACCAUGCUUUUGACCAUUUUCUAAAUUUUCUACCCUAGAUAACAGAAAAUUAUUUCAUGCAAGCUUGCUAUUGUAUUAAUGAUACUCUCCUGCCCUAAGGAAAUUUACUUCCCUUCAAGCACAGGGUCCCCCAAAUUACUGUAUUUCCACCCCCUUUCAGCUUAUUUUAUCCUUUUCUCCUACUACAGAACAGUUGGCAUUCACCAUUCCCUUCAGUAAAGUCCUUUUUUUGUCUGUGGUUUAAAGGAUGCUUUUUCCCCCAUAGCUCAAGGUUAGGCCUUGUAACCUCAGUUAUGUAAUUUGAGUGAUUUGAUAGCACAAAUCAAUUUUAUAUUUAAAUUACAGCAUAAAACAGCACUGCCUCCUGUAGGAAAACUUGCUUGCUAAUUUUGACCAGACAUAGGGUAAAAAUACUGUCCAGUACCUCAAAAUUUAUAUGAAUAUAUAUCCAUUUCAAUUGUGUCCCCCUUCCUCUCCUCUCCUUUUAUCUCUUCGAGGAUAAAAAUAUAUGGGUCGUGUGCUGAUGAUGUUUCUGUUCAUAUUUCUAUGCCCUGGUACCUGGAUCAGCUUUUGUUCUACAAAAAAAGACUUGUAUCUGGCUUAUUUCUGAAAGCUAGUGUUGGCCAUGAUUAACUUUUAGAGCAAAAGAUUUCAGGCAAUGAGUACAUUCUUACAUAUUCUUACACAGUGAAUAUUCAGUUCCAGCCCGCACAGUAGCCCUAACAGAUACCUGUGCUCCUUCCAGAGAUUCACCUAUGGAUUCAGUACCCCAGAAGAGAAUUCCUGUAAAUUAUUGGGGAAGCUAUAGCUAGACUAUGGCUCAACACUCAUUUUUCCCCCAUGAUUCUUAAUCUAACAGUGGCACUGUUGGCCUAUUCUUUGGCAACUAGAUUUGGUUCUUGCUUAUUCUACCAAUAAAAUAUUUUAUUGAGAUG